AUGUCGAAUGGGGUGCGCCCAUUUGAUUCGAUGCGAAUCGAACGCCAAGAAAUUCGAUUCGACAUUCGUAAGACUUGGCAUCGAAUGAAUCUAUCGAUUCGAUUCCCGUUCGAGCAAUAUCUUCUUCAAACUCGACUCCAGAAGAUGCCCUACAAGUACAUUGCGGCACAUCUCAAGAAGACGGAGCUUGCAUGCCGAGUUCACUAUCAUCAGCUCUCACAUGGCAGCAACCUACGCAAGCGUGCUGCCUCGUGCUCGUUUGCUGGCACCAACGAUCACUCCCCGGCCAUGGCUCCCACAGCUCCUAGCCCAGCCCACGAAAGGGUGUCUCGCUCAUCCUCGCUACCGGGAAGUUCGGCCAGCUACAGACCGCCGCCUCCAAACAACGCCAACUGCAUCCAGCUCCCCAGCAUCGUGACGUCUGAAGAGGUGCCAAGGCUGCCCGCCAUUCUCCCCAAGCCUUCUUCCAUGUCUCUUCCUCCUCACACCGCUUCUUCCCAGACGUAUGCCUCGCCGGCCGCGGAUAACCACGUCCCUAUCCAUCCUCCGGUUCCCUUCCACCGUGGCCCUCACACUCAUCACCGGACCACUCCUCUUCGCCUCGACUGCUCGGGUCUUCCCCCGCCGACGAUGCCCGCUCACAACGCUGCCCACGUCGACCUCUCCCGCCUGCACUCCAUCUACGCAGCCCACCGCAACUCGUUCUGGACGGCCAUUGCCAACGAGUACGGACCCACCGUCUCGCCGACCACUCUCGAGCAGGCCUGGAAGACGGGCAUGUGCUGCAGCCAGACUGCGGCCGUCACGCCCAUCUCGAGCCCUGGUAACGGCGAGAGGGAGCAGCAGCAUCAGAGCAAGGGUAAGGACAAGACGCGCAUCUCGUCGAUCUUGGGCAUCGACGCUGAUCCCCGGACUGCUCGCGAUAGAGACAUCGUGAGGAGGAUGGAGGAGGAGCGCUUCAGCGUGAUGCAGCCCGCCCACUAA